AUGCGUUUUCAUAUUCUUCUAUUCGUAAAAGAAGAUGGUUAAAAUUUCUUUCAUCAAAUAUUGUUUCUUUAGAAAUUAGUUUACAAUUACCUCCUUUAUUUGUAAAAACUCGUUGGAACAAAAAUACUUUUAAUGAUCCUCCAAAAUUAGUUAAAGAGUUAGCUAGAAUUUUAACAAAUCACGAAAAUAUUUCAAUAAUCGAAAUGAUUAUUGAAUUUAUUACUUUAAAUGCACAACC